ACUCGUCACAUCGGUAGACAACCGCCGCCGACGCCGUCGGUUUUCUCGACGUCGUUUUUGUUACAUUUCGCUUUUAUAAUAUAGUUUUCAUUUUUAUUCGACUGCAGUAGUUACGCGACCGCAAAAAUGAACCAUCAUCACUACCAUGUGUGGUGUUUGGCCGUGUUGGCCACUGCAUUGUAUUUGGCGCCGGCUCCCGCAGAAUCGACCAUAGUCCUUUCACACACCAAUAUGGAGAAUUCCACCAUGUUCGCUGGGACUAGGGUCAAGAAACGAACAGGAGGUGAAUCGAAUGAUCAAGCAACAGCGGAGUCGUAUUGGACUCCGGGACAUGUUCAAUCUGCACAGGAAGAUGACUCUGCCUACGUUCAGCCAGAAGAAUAUUUCCCGUCCGCUCACGGACUUGUACAAACUCACCCAGCCACCUUUUCUGGGUUUGGAAGCAUUUCCGAAGCAUCGCACGGUAAUUUGCCGCCUUUGGGAUAUUCAUCACUAGACUUCGACAAAAGAGGUCUCGAAGAAUUGCGUAAGAAUCCUGAACUUUCGUCACCCGAAGAAUGUGCAAGAGCUUGUCGCGAAGGAGAGCCAUCCAGAAUAUGUUAUUAUCAUUUCACCGCAGAAUUAUACAACGUACUGGGAGCAGCUUGUCAAGUGUGCACACCAAACGCCACCAACACUUUGUGGAGCCAUUGUCAGUGCAUAUUAGCUGAUGGUGUCGAAAGAGGAAUGUUGGCUGUGAAUCGUAUGUUGCCCGGUCCAAGUAUACAGGUCUGCGAAGGAGAUAAGGUCGUCAUCGACGUCUUGAACCACAUGCAAGGUAUGGAAUUAGUGAUCCAUUGGCACGGAAUUCACCAGAAGGGAACUCAAUACUACGACGGUGUCCCGUACGUCACACAAUGUCCAAUUCACGAAGGAAACACGUUCAGAUACCAAUUCGACACCAACAGUGGCACGCAUUUCUGGCACGCCCAUUCCGGACUUCAAAAAAUUGAUGGUAUCUACGGUAGUAUUGUUGUACGACAACCACCAUCGCAAGAUCCCAACAGCCACUUGUACGAUUACGAUUUGACCACACACGUGGUACUCUUGUCUGAUUGGCUCCAUGAAAAUGGAAUGGAACGAUUCCCAGGUAGAUUAGCUGCAAAUACCGGGCAGGAUCCCGAAUCUCUGUUGAUCAAUGGCAAAGGGCAGUUCACGGACCCAAAUACUGGAUUUAGUACUAACACGCCUUUGGAAACUUUUACCAUCACACCGGGUAGAAGGUACAGGUUUAGAAUGAUCAACGCCUUAGCAUCUGUCUGUCCAGCCCAAAUUACCAUCCAAGGACAUCCGCUCGUGCUUAUUGCUACAGACGGAGAACCUAUUCAGCCGGUGGUCGUCAAUACAAUCAUUUCAUUCUCGGGAGAGAGAUACGAUUUCAUUAUUAAUGCGGAACAGCCCGUCGGUGCGUAUUGGAUUCAAGUCAGAGGUCUUGGUGAAUGUGGAAACAAACGCGUACAACAAUUGGCCAUACUCAGGUAUGCUAGAGGACCAUAUCAACCGAAAUCAAAGGCUCCAACUUAUGAUGUUGGUUUACCACAGGGUGUCGUAAUGAACCCGUUGGAUGCUGUUUGUGAUCGUCCCAGGACUGAYGCCAUUUGUGUGAACCAACUGAAAAAUGCCAAAGUUAUUGACAAAGGUCUUUUACAAGAAAGGCCCGAUGUGAAAAUAUUUUUGCCAUUCAAAUUCUUAUUCUACAGACCUGACGAACUUUUCCAACCUCAUCAAUAUAACAAAUACUUGGUGGCCCCCGGCGGUGGAGACCAUGUAAUCAGUUUAGUAGACGAAAUCUCUUACACCUCUCCAGGAUCUCCAAUGAUUUCCCAGAUCGACGAUAUACCUCCAGAAUUAUUCUGUAACGGAGAUAACAAGCCAGCAAAUUGUGGCAGAAAUUGCAUGUGUUCACACAAAGUCGAUAUUCCAAGACACGCUGUCGUGGAAGUCGUGUUGGUCGAUGAAGUCCAACAACCAAAUUUGAGUCAUCCGUUCCAUUUGCACGGUUACUCGUUCAACGUUAUCGGUAUGGGAAGAUCACCCGACAAGAACGUCAAGAAAAUCAAUUUGAAACACGCCCUUGAUUUGGACCGAAGAGGACUUUUAGACAGGCAUUUCAACUUGCCACCGCUCAAAGAUACGAUAGCCGUGCCCAACAACGGUUACGUUGUAUUCCGGUUCAGAGCUGACAACCCAGGCUAUUGGCUGUUCCAUUGUCACUUCUUGUUCCAUAUCGUAAUCGGUAUGAAUUUGGUGCUUCACGUCGGGACACACGCUGAUUUACCUCCGGUUCCCGAAAACUUCCCGCGUUGUGGCGACUUUUUACCUCCAGUCAGUGUACACUGAUCACGUACAUAACACGUCAGUUCAAAACUAAGUGCUCAUAUAAGUAACGCAAUGCGGUAACCACAGUUAGAAGCGACAAAAGAAAAACAUACGUCCAUGUACAUUAUAGAUAGUAUGUUUUUUUUAUUUAUUUUAUUUUAAACGUAUAUAUAUAUAUAUAUAUAUUAUAUUAUAUUUACAUUUUUGUACCCUAGAAAUAAUGUGUUAUGCCAUAACGAACAUAUAUGUUAUUUAAAUGUGUUAUUAUUAGUCACUCGUUCAAUUGUUUUUUUUUUCAUUAUAUAGUCUAAGUCAUUUCACAAUAUUAAUUAUUAUGUGUAAUAUUAAUUUAUCAAGCACAAAAUUACCAUUUAUUUCUAUCUUGCCCAAAUAAAUUUGAAAYUCAUCAAUUUCUUGCCAAUAUUAUAUGUAACCUUGUUUUUACUUUAUAUAUACAAUAUGAUACAAUGCUUGAUUCUACUUAAUUCUAUACGUCUAAUUCAUCUUGUAAAUAAUGAUCAAUAUAAUU